AUGGAUGAUGAUGUUCGUGACAUGUCAAAGGUCCCAUAUGCCAAUGCAGUGGGGUGCUUGAUGUAUGAUAUGAGUGAUUUUUCAGUUAUGGGAUAUGAGGAUGCAUACUAUGCAAAUGACUUGGAUGACAUAAGGUCUACAACAGGGAAUGCGCUCACCUUUGUGGGAGGACCUAUAUGUUGGAGGUCCAUGGUAGAGUCUCUAGUUGCACUAUUUAAAACUGAGUUGGAGUAUAUGGCAUUGGCCAAAGCUGCCAAGGAAGCAUUGUGGCUUAAAGGAUUGGUCAAGGAGUUGGUUAUUCAGUAUGCGUGA